AUGGCAUCCAUCACCAUGGCAGCAUCACUCAUUGGAAGCUCAGCCAUCAGCAACCGGUCUCCGGUGGCAUCCCAGAGGAGGCUGGUGGUGGCAAAUGCUUCCAAAACAGUUGAAGGAGAAAAGAUAAGGGUCAGUUAUGAGUCUGACAAGGAAGGCAACAAUGGAAGGAGGAACAUGAUGUUUGCUGCUGCUGCGGCGGCUGUUUGCUCUGUUGCUGGGAUGGCCAUGGCUGAUGAGCCCAAACGUGGCACUCCUGAAGCUAAGAAAAUCUAUUCCCCUGUUUGUGUCACCAUGCCAACAGCCAGGAUUUGUCACAAAUGA